AUGAGCGCGGGCGCGUCUUCCGGGAGGGACCUGCCCUCCCAGGAGCUUCUGGAGGACAUAUGCAUCAGAUUCAUCGUGAACAAGCCCGAGGAGGACCGAGCGACCGUUGAACGGCUGCUGUUUCUCGUUGAGGAGGCACAUUGGUAUUAUGAGGAUCAUCUGUGCCCCAGCCAUCCAAAUCUGCGGUCACUGUCAUUCAGAGAGUUUGUGUCGCUCAUAUUUGACACAUGCCCUGGUCUAGAGAAGUACAAGGAGCAGCAAGAUCAGCUCCUGAAGCAGUUUCAGACAUUCAAACACCAGGUGCCUGUGAUGGGUGCCAUAAUGCUGAACCCGGCCAUGGACAAGGUUCUGCUGGUGAAGGGCUGGCGGGGAAAUGCUGCUUGGGGAUUCCCCAGGGGCAAGAGGAUGAAGAACGAGGCUGAUGAGGACUGCGCAGUUAGAGAGGUGUAUGAAGAGACAGGAUUUGAUAUCAAGGAAAUGUACAACCCUGUAGACUUCCUCGAGGUGUUUGCAGGCCCUCAGAAGAUCAAGUUGUACAUAGUUGCGAACGUCCUGGAAGAGACGCAUUUCCAGCCCCAGGCCCAAAAGGAAAUAGGCGCCAUUGCUUGGUACCAGCUGUCCGACCUGCCUUCCUCCAAGCAGGACUCGCACAAGAUCUACCAGAACACAGAGGGCGAAUCGCACAGGUUCUACAUGGUGCACCCCUUUGUCGAGAGGCUCCACGAAUGGAUUGCGACCCACAAGAACCGCGUGGGCCAGCCCCAGCGCCAGCCAGCCUUGCGCGUGGCCACCCGGCCAGGCCACCCCAAGCCAUCGCCCCCACGCGCCGCCGUGCGCCAGCCUGACGCCCAGCAGCCUCUGGAACAACGGGCCUCUGGUCAACAGCCACUGACCCAGCGGUCGUCAACCCAUCGGCUGAUCGCCCCGCAGCCAGCCAGCCAUCAGCCGGUCGUGCAGCAACUGCGGCAGAUGGCGCCGUCCGGUCCCGGCGUGCUGCUGAAUUUUCGAUUUGAUCGGGCCGCCAUCGAGAGAUGUCUGGUUUUCAACUGA